AUGGACUAUCAGAAUAGAGUUGGCUCCAAAAAGGGCAGCGGUGGCGUUGCAGGCGAUGCAGAGACCAAUCAGUACCGUCGUGAGCGCUUGAGACAACUGAUGCUGUCUCAGAUCGAUCUAGACAAUGACCCUUAUGUCUUUAAAAAUCAUCUGGGCAUGCUAGAAUGUCGCCUUUGUCUAACCACACAUUUAUCCGAAAGCUCUUAUUUUACACAUACCCACGGCAAAAAACAUCAAUAUGCUCUAAUGAAAAGGGCCGAAAUGGAUAAGAAGCCCACCAAGCCUGAGCCUGGUAAGGUUGUUGGGAUAUCUGCGGUUCCUAAAAAGAGGUAUACAAAAAUUGGAAGACCAGCAUACAAAGUCAGCAAAAUUAGAGAUCCGGAGACUUUUCAAAAAGGACUUCUGUUUCAGAUACAAAUGCCGGAAAUAGCGCGAAACGUAAAGCCCCGAUACCGUUUAAUGUCGUGCUUCGAACAAAAGAUAGAACCACUAGACACAAGGUUCCAGUACCUGGUUGUCAGUGGUGAACCGUAUGAGAACAUUGGAUUCAAGAUUCCAAGCGAGUCGAUCGAUAUGACAGAAGGGCGGAUCUGGGAUUUCUGGGACAGCGAUACCAAAGAAUAUUUCGUCCAGCUGUUUUAUGUGGACAGUAGCAACUAAUAAUGUACAUUAUAAUGACUAGAAUGAUUCUGUUGCAUAUUGGUUGAUACGAUUGGCCAUUUCGUCAAUGUAGAAGCUGAUUUUAGAGUUGAGCUCAUUCAUCUCGUAGCUGGCACCUUUACACUCGGCCUCAAAGUCCUUUUUGAGUUUUUCGGACUGCAUUUCCCAAUCGAUGGCCUCAUUUUCUUUGUUUCUGAUGAUUUCAUCUUCCUCGGCUUUCCUUUCCAUUAGUUGAGAUCUUUCUUCCCUUAGCUCUCUCAAUUUAUCCUCGAGUUCCAACAACUUUUGUCUCGUGUUUUCUUUGAACGCCGCGAGCUUUUCCUUUUGGGAAUUCAACUGUUUCUUCAGGUGGCUAAUCUGUCUGGAUUUAUCGUUAAGCUCCACUUCCAUUCGUUGGAUUUCGUCUUGCAUAUUUUGAAUGGAUUCGGCUGACUUUUCUUGUUUACUGAGUUCAGUUUGUAUUUCUUCCAGCACGCGAUGGUAAUUCCGGAACUCGUGUGUGAGCUGUUGGAACGAGUCUAUGGAGAUUGAGAUAUUUUUCGAUCUCUGCUCUAGCUCAGUCAAAUGUUUUUGUUCAUUCGCCAAACUGUCUUUCAAGCUCUCGAUCACUUCUUUCACGCUUUCUGGAGACUCUCUAAUAUAAGGAGUCAGUCUUUCCAACUCUUUUUCGCACUCCAGCAGAAGGGAAUUUUGAUUCUCUAGUUCUCGAAUAAGCCCAAACUUCUGCGUUUUGUACUCUGCGCGAGCGGCCGCCAACUGCUGUUGAGUUUCGGUGAGAGCCUUGAGUUCAUUCUGCAAUUGUUGGUUUUUUGCCAUUAUUUCGUCUUCAUUGUACCCUUGUCUUGACAUCUUGUUCGUCAGGUCUUCGUAAGUAGACUUGAGCAUGUUGUUGAUCUUCAACGACUGUUUAUAUUGAGAUAGCGUAUUUUCACUGGAGACAAGCAGCUGCUCACAAUCGCCCAUUCUUUCCUCCCUAAAUCUCGCAUAGUUUAUCAAAGCGCUCAAUAUUAUACGGAUACGAGUUGGUUCAGGUUUUGCCAUGUCACGAAUGCUAAAGUCCUCAACACCACAAUCGCACAAAAACUUGUACAUUAUUCUUUGCGAAGCAACAACGCUCAACGAGUUCUGUAGUCCUUCCCGGUCAUCGUCUUCAUUGCUUUCCAUUUCUUGAAUUCUUUGUUUCAGAGAGUGGGGAGAGACAUACAGAAACUUGUCCAUGAUUUGCUCGAUCAAGCUCUUCAUGAAACUCGGUGUUGGUUUCGUCAGCAUUUCUUCGCUAACAUUGAAGUCCAUCGUAUCAAACAGGGAAACAAGUUCUCUUGUCUCAAGAAUGGGAAAUUUGUAACGAGUACGUGGUAUUGCUGUUGGCUGUGACGAUCUGUAAAUUGCGC